GCUGCAGGGACAGCCGCUGGAGUGACGGGGGCCAACGCCGAGACACUCCAACACAGUCCUGAGGUUCCUUCCCAAAGUGUUGUGGCGCCGUCAUGUCGUGGCUGCUCUCACCCCCGCCGCACCCAUCGAGCCCGUCCCCGUGCCAGCGGUACUGCGAGCGCACCGCCUUCGCCUUCUACCGCGCGGUGAGGGACCGGCUGCCGGCGUGGCUGCUGGAGGACAUGCGCAGCAUGGAGGUGUUCUUGUGGGACGACGGACGCCCGCGCUCCUUCUCGCCCGGAGACGCGCUCAUGUACGCGCUGGUGCACGACCACCAAGACUACGCGCGCUACCUCUUGCGCGGCUUCUCGGUCGAGGCGCUACACGUGGCGCAAUGCGGCGUGUGCCGAAGCGGCGGCUCGGCGCAUCUUCACGUGGCGGUGCGCUACAACCGAACCGCCAUCCUGAGUUUGAUGGCGGACGCGCUGAAGGACUCGGCGCCGGAAGGAUGGCGGCGGGAGUACCUGAACAGCCGCGGCGGCUGCGUGCACGUGGCGGACGCGGGAAAGACGGCGGUGCAACUGGCGGUGGAACUGUCACGGGCCGACUGCCUGCUGCUUCUCCUGGCGCACGGGGCGCGGCCGCACGCCUUGGACGCGGCGCUCUUGCGACUCGCCGCUUGCGGCGCGGCCGAGCGCCGCGACGCCCGACGCUGCCUGGACCUGCUCCUGCUUUUCGCGCCGCCAUCCGCGGCGCCGCGCCGCCUGCUGGACGAACCGCAGCGCUGGCAAAGCCUCUUGGGACGAGACGUGUUUGGCUGGUUGAGCGGUCGGGCGCCGCCGCCGCUUCUGCUCCAGGCUCUGAGGACCUUAGCCCAGUCGGUCCCGUGCCAAAUGAGCCGCUUGCCCGCGUUCCUGCGACCGCACAGCAAACUGACAUUGGACUUUCCCUUAGCCUGGAAAGAGAGUGAAACAUGCUAGUGCUUCUGAUGACGGAAGAACUUCGUGACCCUGUGUACAUUUUUGUGUUGGAUUUUGUAAUAAAGUGCAAGACUCUCACUGAC